UUUUCCUGCACAAAAUCACCCAAAAUGGCCUCAACAAAACCCACCCAAGAUCAAAUUGAAGACGCUAUCCUCGCUUCCAGAUUCGGCGACUUGGACGAUCUCAAAGCGUUCGUGGACGAGUUCGGGAAAGAGGCUCUUGCGGAAGGCAGGGAUGAGCGGGGAAACAGCGUUCUGCACAUGUGCUGCGGCAAUGGGCACCUUGAUGUGCUCGAGUACAUCCUCCCGCUUGUACCCUCCUCUCUUCUGACGGCCACGAACGAGGCCGGCUCGCCUCCUCUCCACUAUGCGAUCAUGAACAACAAGACUGAAUGCGUCAAGAAGCUUGUCGAGCUGCCAGAAGAGCAGGGAGGUGGUCUUCCCAUAUUAAAACAAAAGAAUGCCAACGGUCGAGACGCUUUCCUCGAAUCUUGCUGGUCUGGUGAAGGCAAGGAAGAAGUCUCUGGCUGGAUUGAGGGUUACCUUUACCGAGUCGAGGGUGCCGACGACGAGGACUAUGAGGCGCAGGCAAAGGAAGUCAAGAUGGAGGAGGGCGAUGAGGUGGUUCAGGCCGAGGCUUCCGCCGUUGAUGAGCUCGCUGAGAAGGCUGAGGGCCUUGAUGUCAAGGAGAAGGAAAACUAGAGGGGGAAAUAGAUGGAUCUUGCGCUGUUACUUUGUAUGUAUAAUUCAGUAUAGCAUGUUUCAAGACUUACCAGAGGAUGUUGAACUCUGACUUGACGUAUUCGAGACGUCGAUCGUCUUUGGCGAUCCGCUCACGAUUCCAGUGAUCUGCGAUGGGCAUGUGUUGGUCUGUCGUGAGAGCAGCCUUGAUGAUAUGAUAAGGCGAUAGCGGCUAGGAGCGAAUCAAUCCCUACCUACUCUGCUCAAAACCGACAAGCAAGCCACUCUCGCCAUAUCGUGUCAACGAAACUGCUCCCACAACAGAACAAAACACAUUCCCAUCGCAUUUCUUUGUAUUCGGGGGGAGGUGCUUGAGACGGGAAGGUUGGAGCUGGGGAUAAAGCGGUCAGAGUUGAGCGUGACAUGAGGAAAUGUUUGCAAUUGUCCCUAUGACAAGAAGAUCGCACUAUGCAUGGUGUCGUCAAUGCUGGGUACCCAGUAGCCAGUACUGAAAUUAUCGAGGCUACUAUCAAACACAAGAGAGAUACUACUUUUCUUUUGCCGAUUCUUUCCGCCCAUCAAGAGACUCUGAGAUGAAGAAUACUCGACGGAAUGACUAUGCCACAACCAAGAGAGAGCAAAAUUACGAUGUUACAACUAGUUGUCGUUACUUUUCAUGAUCCUGGCCUGUCGUUAACCUCUCCAAGGUAUGCUCUUCGCCACGAUCACCCCACAAUCCUCCUCCACGCAUCCCUCCCCACACUCAACUCCAACCACCUCUUGCCCAACUCCAACCUCCCCGUCUC